AUGGGAGAUUUGCCGCAGAACCAUGUUUUGAGCGGCCAUCAUGAAUUUCCUGUUGUAGGUUUUAGCAAGGAGGAGUGGAUAUCAAAAUUGCACAAGUCAACAACAGUUUAUGUUGGAAAUCUCACAUUUUACGCAACAGAAGAUCAGAUUUAUGAACUGUUUUCUAAAUGCGGGGAGAUUGAUUUGAUUGUUAUGGGGCUUAAUAGGAAGAAGAAGAGCCCCUGUGGGUUUUGCUUCAUCAGAUAUUACACACAUGCUGCUGCAAAUCGUGCUGUUGAGUACUUGAAUGGAAUUCAGUUCGAUGAGAGACCGAUUCGUGUAGAUUGGGACAGUGGGGAUGGAAUUACAGAGGAAUACAGAAAAUUCGGAAGAGGAGUUCACGGACUUCAAUGGAGAGACGAGUUCAGAACGACGUUCGAUCAGGGACGUGGUGGAGAGGGUGGAUGUCUUGAUGUUGCUCUACUUCCAAACCGAAGGAAACGUCUUCCUGGUGAUAGACAAUGGGUCCGAUAUGGACAUCCAUCAAGACGAAAUGUUCGCCCGCGCUACGCCCAGACAAUUCCACCACCCCCUCCGCCGGAUUUUUCAUCAUUGAAACCCGAUUUAGCUGUUCCUCAAGACAUCAAGCCAAAAUUGUUUUCUGUUGAUGUGAUGGAUGUUGAUCUCUCAGCAAACAUGGAUUCCUCAGUCAAACCGGAACCUCAAGAGAUCGAAUGA